GGCAAAUCUUCGCGAGCUUGUGGCCUCCGUGCGUCCUCCCCUGGCCCAACCUCCCCUUAAUUAUACUCCCCGGCCGGGCAAACAUACUUGCCUUCUUAGCGGAUAUAUACAACUCCUACUCAAAAUAGCAACAUUGAAUCAUCAGUUUAGAAGCAGAAGCCCGGUGGUGUGACCUAACAUACCAUUGCUUGCUCCCUUUACAUUGUAGUAUUUGUGAUUGUUGAGAUGCUCGCCGUGUCGACGCCGAGGUGCGGCGCCGAUGCGGAGGAUCAGCGCGCUGUGGAGCUGGAGACGGCUGGGGCUCACUUUGACAUGGAUCAGUUGGACUUCACGGUCGAUGACAUAGAUUUUGGGGACUUCUUCCUAAGGCUAGAGCACGGCGAUGCGCUGCCGGACCUCGAGGUCGACGACGACCCGGCCGCAGAUAUCUUCUCUGAUUUCGAGGCGGCGGUAGCCACCGGCGGCGCCGUCGAGGAGUUGCAGGACCAGGAGGUGCCCUGUGACGAGCUGCUGCCGGGUUCUCUUCUUCAUGACGACGUCGGUUCUGUCAGCCCAACCGGCGGCGGUGUCAUCGGCGCCGUCGAAAACAUGGCGUUUGCUGAGGCAGCUGACGAUGGAGAGAAGGAAGGGUGCAAUCAGGCCAUGGAGGAUGGGAAUGUGAAUUGCAACGUCGGUGGCAAUGGAGCCGCCAUGGAAGACGCAAAAUCGCCGUGUUCAACAGCGUCGUCGUCCCAGGAGGCUGAGAGCCGGCAUAAGUCGUCGAGGAAGAAGAACUCUCACGGAAAGAAGAAGGCCAAGGUGGACUGGACGCCGGAGCUUCACCGGAGGUUUGUGCAGGCGGUAGAGCAGCUCGGAAUCGACAAGGCAGUGCCAUCAAGGAUACUAGAGAUCAUGGGAAUCGACUCCCUCACUCGGCACAACAUAGCAAGCCAUUUGCAGAAGUACCGGUCUCACCGGAAGCACAUGCUUGCCCGGGAGGCGGAGGCGGCAAGCUGGACGCAACGACGGCAUGCCUACGCCGCCGGAGGACCUGCAGGAGCUGCGAAGAAGCAGGAGACGAGCAUGUGGACAGUGCCAACCAUCGGCUUUUCGCCGUCGCCAGCUCCUCUUCCUCCGCCGCCGCCGCCGCCGCACCCUGCGAUGCAGCAUUUUGCACGGCCGCUGCACGUUUGGGGCCACCCAUCGACAGACCCGCACUCUCCCCGUGUGGCAGUGUGGCCGCCGAGGCACCCGGCCACGCCGCGCGGUCCUGUGCCGCCGCCGCCGCCGUCGUGGGCUGCCCCGCCCCCUACUUUCUGGCAUCACCCAUACAUGAGGGGGCCAGCACAUGCAUAUAUGCCGGCAACUCAUGGGACUCCUUGCGUGGCAAUGCCGAUGGCACCGGCGAAAUUUCCUGCUCCACCGGUCGCCGGUGUUAUGCCGUGCCCAGUCUACACGCCCCUCUCAGCACCAGCGAGCAAGAAACAACAAGAUUCCCAGCUCCAACUACAGGCACAACCGUCAAAUGAGAGCAUAGACGCGGCUAUUGGUGAUGUUUUAACCAAACCGUGGCUGCCACUGCCCCUUGGGCUGAAGCCUCCUUCUCUGGGUAGUGUCAUGGGCGAGCUUCAAAGGCAAGGCGUAUCCAAUGUCCCUCAAGCUUGCGGCGCCCGACCCGACCUGACCGAAGCUCCACGCCGCCGCCGCCGGGAACCCGAGUUCCACCGCCCGUCUCCGGCCACCCUGAGGAGGAACCCGCCGCCAGGAGGACCGCCACGACACGCCGCUUCUUCCCCGCCGUUUCCCGAGCUCCGAGGAUCGCCAGAACACCCGCGCCGCCGUUUCCCGCACCACCGCCGCCGCCGGAAACCUAGCACCACCGCCGGAGAUUGUUCGGAGUGUGAACCUUGUUGUUGCGAAGAGUGCGGAAACUACCACAGCUUUGAACAAGGAAGUUCUGACGAAGAGUAAGGGUACGUUAUGGUCUUUGGGUUUCGAGCCUACAUUCCAACACGCUACCACUGUGGUGUUGAUGUGACUCUUGUAUCUUCGUUUUCCGCUAUAGUACUUUUCGUUUAUUUUCAGCUAACACAUGGGGUUAUGCGAGUUUGUAAGCACUCUUAAAUUCUGGAUACCGCGUUGUAAUAUUUUGAGACCUUUGUUUUAUGAUAUUACAUCUUAAAAUUGUG